AUGAAAGGUCUAUCAUGCUAUAUAACACUACAGGAAAUAAGAUUUUCCGAAGGCCGAAUCCUCCGAAUUGAAGGAUGGUUCGGAACUUCCAAACUAAGUUUGUCAUCACAAAAAUUUCUGAAAACCUAG